UCCACAGUUCCCGCCAGCUUCUACUCUCUAUUGGUUUAAAUUCUCAGUACCGUCCCUCCCUUCUUCCCGGUCCAAUUGGUCGUGCUGCCUUUCAAGAGUUUGGGUUUGGCCCCGCCCCCUAGCUCUACUUUGGGCAUCGCUAGCCGGGGGCGUAGCUGACUCGUGACCACGCCUCGUCGGUGACUGCUAGUCACACCUCCAAGUUUCGUCAGUGCCUCCCACUUAUUCCCGGCCUCUCGGGAUGAGCUAUUCCUAUUGGCUACAGACCCCAUCGGUCGAUAGAAAACGGGCGGUGAUUGGCAGGAGGGUGGGCUCUGCUUCCCGGCGGGGUCCUGCGGAGUUGGCGGAGGCUCCUCAGGGGACUAGGGGGCCGAUCUGCGUAGGAGCGGGUGGCGGGGAAGAGAGGGGGAGAACUCAGAGUGGGAAGCGGAGCCGCGGGCCUGGGACCCGUCGCGUCAGAGCCAGGCAAGUGAACCGGAGCAAACGACUUCCGAUCCAGUCCGCGCUGCAGCGGCUCCCGUUUGGGAUUUGAUUUGCAGCAUCUUCUAGCUUGUACGACAGAAAAAAAAAAAAAAAGCCGCGAAGCACGCCCAGCCCUCGCCCUGCACCCCGCUACGCACCCACUCCCUCCCAGGGACACAGCUGGGCGCGUCCACACCCCCGCACCCCUACAUCAUGUUGUGCGGAAGGACUUCCACUCCCUGCCUGUGUCGUUGAUGUCAGACCCCAGGCCAGCCUCCGGGCGCUGCAGUUCUCCCGGCUAAUGCUGAGGCUGCGGCUCUAGCGCCGCCGUCGCCGCCGCCCCCUCGGCCCCUGGGCCCACCGUCUGCAUGUGCCCGCCUUAGCCGCGUGCCCAGCCCGCAGCCCGCAGCCUGCGUUCCCGGGAGAGCUGGAGACCACCGCGGGCGGCCCCUUCUGCCUUCCGGAGAAGCGGUCUUGGACGUAUUGAUUUCGGUGGUUGGAUUCUUCCCGUGGAUCUAUCAAUUCGGGAUUCGAAUUUGGAAGAAAGAAGGAAAACAUGACGUCUCCAGCCAAAUUCAAAAAGGAUAAGGAGAUCAUAGCAGAGUACGAUACUCAGGUCAAAGAGAUUCGUGCUCAGCUCACAGAGCAGAUGAAAUGCCUGGAUCAGCAGUGUGAACUUCGGGUGCAGCUGCUGCAGGACCUCCAGGACUUCUUCCGAAAGAAGGCCGAAAUUGAGAUGGACUACUCCCGGAACCUGGAGAAGCUGGCCGAGCGCUUUCUGGCCAAGACCCGCAGCACCAAGGACCAGCAGUUCAAGAAGGAUCAAAACGUUCUCUCUCCUGUGAACUGCUGGAACCUCCUCUUAAACCAAGUGAAGCGGGAGAGCAGGGACCACACCACCCUGAGUGACAUCUACCUGAAUAACAUCAUUCCUCGCUUUGUCCAAGUCAGUGAGGACUCAGGAAGACUCUUUAAAAAGAGUAAAGAAGUCGGCCAGCAACUCCAAGAUGAUUUGAUGAAGGUCCUGAACGAGCUCUACUCGGUCAUGAAGACAUAUCACAUGUACAAUGCUGACAGCAUUAGUGCUCAGAGCAAACUAAAGGAGGCGGAGAAGCAAGAGGAGAAGCAAAUUGGUAAAUCGGUGAAGCAAGAGGACCGGCAGACUCCACGCUCGCCUGACUCCACUGCCAAUGUCCGCAUCGAAGAGAAACAUGUCCGGAGGAGCUCAGUGAAGAAGAUAGAGAAGAUGAAAGAGAAGCGCCAAGCCAAGUACACGGAGAAUAAGCUGAAGGCCAUUAAAGCCCGGAAUGAGUACUUACUGGCUUUGGAAGCCACCAAUGCCUCAGUCUUCAAGUACUACAUCCACGACCUGUCCGACCUUAUUGAUCAGUGUUGUGAUUUAGGCUACCAUGCUAGCCUGAACCGGGCUCUGCGCACCUUCCUUUCUGCUGAAUUAAAUCUGGAGCAGUCAAAGCACGAGGGUCUGGAUGCCAUUGAGAAUGCAGUUGAAAACCUGGAUGCCACAAGUGACAAACAGCGUCUCAUGGAGAUGUACAACAAUGUCUUCUGUCCCCCUAUGAAGUUUGAGUUCCAGCCCCACAUGGGGGACAUGGCUUCCCAGCUCUGUGCCCAGCAGCCUGUCCAGAGUGAGCUGGUGCAGAGGUGCCAACAGCUACAGUCUCGUUUAUCAACUCUGAAGAUUGAGAAUGAAGAGGUAAAGAAGACAAUGGAGGCCACCCUGCAAACCAUCCAGGACAUUGUGACUGUCGAGGAUUUUGAUGUGUCUGACUGCUUCCAGUACAGCAACUCCAUGGAGUCGGUCAAGUCCACCGUUUCAGAAACCUUUAUGAGCAAACCCAGCAUUGCUAAGAGGAGAGCCAACCAGCAAGAGACAGAGCAGUUUUAUUUCACGAAAAUGAAGGAGUACCUAGAGGGCAGGAACCUCAUCACCAAGUUACAAGCCAAGCAUGACCUUCUGCAGAAAACCCUGGGAGAAAGUCAGCGGACAGACUGCAGUCUGGCCAGGCGUAGCUCAACCGUGAGAAAACAGGACUCAGGCCAAGCAAUUCCUCUGGUAGUGGAAAGCUGUAUCCGGUUUAUCAGCAGGCACGGAUUACAGCAUGAAGGAAUUUUCCGGGUGUCAGGAUCCCAGGUGGAAGUGAAUGACAUCAAAAAUGCUUUUGAGAGAGGAGAAGAUCCCCUGGCUGGUGACCAGAAUGACCAUGACAUGGACUCCAUCGCAGGUGUCCUGAAGCUUUACUUCCGGGGGCUGGAACACCCUCUCUUCCCUAAGGACAUCUUCCAUGACCUGACAGCCUGCGUCACUAUGGAAAACCUGCAGGAGAGAGCGCUGCACAUCCGGAAAGUCCUCCUGGUCUUACCCAAAACCACUCUGAUCAUCAUGAGAUACCUCUUUGCCUUCCUCAAUCAUUUAUCACAGUUCAGUGAAGAGAACAUGAUGGACCCCUACAACCUCGCCAUAUGCUUCGGCCCCUCGCUGAUGUCAGUGCCGGAGGGCCAUGACCAGGUGUCCUGCCAAGCCCACGUGAAUGAGCUGAUCAAAACCAUCAUCAUCCAGCAUGAGAACAUCUUCCCAAACCCCAGGGAGCUGGAGGGCCCUGUCUACAGCAGAGGAGGAAGCCUGGAAGAUUACUGUGACAGCCCUCAUGGAGAGACUACCUCUGCUGAAGAUUCCACCCAGGAUGUGACCACAGAGCAUCACACAAGCGAUGACGAGUGUGAGCCCAUUGAGGCCAUUGCCAAGUUUGACUACGUGGGCCGGACAGCACGAGAACUGUCCUUCAAGAAGGGAGCGUCCCUGCUGCUUUACCAGCGGGCAUCCGACGACUGGUGGGAAGGCCGCCACAAUGGCAUCGAUGGACUCAUCCCCCAUCAGUACAUCGUGGUCCAAGACACCGAGGACGGUGUCGUGGAGAGGUGCAGCCCCAAGUCUGAGAUUGAGGUCAUUUCUGAGCCACCUGAAGAAAAGGUGACAGCCAGAGCGGGGGCCAGCGGUCCCAGUGGGGGUCAUGUAGCCGAUAUUUAUCUUGCAAACAUCAACAAGCAAAGGAAGCGUCCAGAAUCUGGGAGCAUCCGGAAAACGUUUCGUAGCGACAGCCAUGGGCUGAGCAGUCCCCUGACUGACUCCUCCCCGGGGGUGGGGGCUAGCUGCCGCCCGUCCUCCCAGCCCAUCAUGAGCCAGAGUCUCCCCAAGGAAGGUCCAGAUAAAUGUUCCAUCAGUGGGCAUGGGAGCCUCAACUCCAUCAGCCGCCACUCCUCCCUCAAGAAUCGGCUGGACAGUCCACAGAUCCGGAAGACUGCCACAGCAGGAAGGUCAAAGAGCUUCAAUAGCCAUCGGCCCAUGGACCCUGAAGUCAUUGCACAGGAUAUUGAAGCAACCAUGAACUCGGCCCUGAAUGAGCUGCGGGAGCUCGAGCGGCAGAGCAAUGUCAAGCACACACCUGACGUGGUUCUGGACACCUUGGAGCCCCUCAAAACUUCCCCAGUGGUUGCCCCCACAUCAGAGCCCUCCAGCCCUCUGCACACCCAGCUCCUCAAGGACCCUGAGCCCGCUUUCCAGCGCAGUGCCAGUACCGCCGGGGACAUCGCCUGCGCCUUCCGACCCGUCAAGUCCGUUAAGAUGGCCACCCCCAUCAAACCACCAGCCACGCGGCCCAAGCCCACCGUCUUCCCCAAAACAAAUGCCACCAGCCCUGGUGUCAACUCCUCAGCCUCCCCACAGUCCACUGACAAGUCUUGUACUGUCUGAGGGGUGUAAUUUAAUUGUCCUAGACAAACGGACUCUAGGGACUGUUAUUAAAAAUAUUCCUAUUUAACUAGUUUGGGGACUUGAGUUGACGAUUAGAUUCUAAGUUGUUCUUGCAGGAAUUAGCCUCCCUAUCACCCAAAACCUUGAGAAUGAAGCCCUUGUUCCUUGGCCUUCCCUCCCCACCGCCCCAUGCUUCCCCCAGUGAUCGUAAUCCAGCCAGUUGCAGUAAUACUGAUCUUAGGUUAGCCAGAGGCAGCGCAUUUCCCAUCAAGUCACUGUGAAAUCUGACAAGGCAAACCAAGAGGACAUGGGCCUAAGCCUCAGUCCCCUCAGACCCCUUAAUGCCUUGACCAGGUAGUUGGCUCCUGCCACCCAGCUUUCAGUGGCAUCUUGUUUUGGGUACUAAUUGUAGAGACUCAUAGAUAUUCUAUUCCAUUCCUCAUUUUACACACACACACUUCUCAUCUCUGGCAUGUAUAGCCUCUUCUGCUCCCAGGACCAGUCUCUAAGUUAUUAUUGUGGCGGUUCACAUAGGAGCCGCCAGGGGCCUCCGUUUCCAUUACAAACUUCGUCCUAACUGGAUCAGAGAACCUCGCCUUUGAAAUCUCUAUGGCAUGACAGGAACAGCACAGGGACAGUCCUGGGGUCUCUGUGGGGUCGGGGGCUUUCUCUGCCGUCCCUCCAUUGCUGUGAAUUGCUCAUUGCUGUUGGCUUUGCUCUCCUUCCUGCCCUGGAAGUACAGCCCCAUCUUACCACAGAGCAUUUAAGUUUCUCGGAAUGUAUAGAGCUCUCACCUGGAAACUUUGUCUCUGACGGACCAUUUCCCAUUUAAGACAUUUUCCUGUGUAAGAAAGUUUUAUAGCUGAUUCCCUUUAGGCUAAAGACUCUUAAGAAUGUUAAUGCAUAUAUGGCAGGUUUGAAAAAGGUAAGAAAUGGGUCCUUCUGCUGCCCCCAUUAUUUUGGCACUUAAAAACAUAAAAAUGCAUUAUCAUAUCCAAAAAUUAAAUUCAGUUUUGCUAAUCCCAAAGUUGCUCCCAACGAACAGCCUUAGUUUUGCUGUUGUUCAGGGUUCUCUGCUCUCUCUGCUCUCCCUGUCUCUUCAGGGACCAACAGGGGCUUCGAGAAUUCUGGUCAUAUUCAAGCGAGACUCUAUCUGUUAAAGCUUGUUUUCACUUAUCAGAACAAGGACAGUUAAGAGAACUCUGACCCCACAGGCUCUAAAGUCUUCCAAAG